UAAAGAUCCUCUCCAAUCACAUUGCGCCACACCGGCCUUCGACAAUCGCGGAGUUCACAAUAUCAUUUACAAGGCACAUUGAAUACUGUUACUACAUCGAUUUAAAACACAUAAGAAAUUAGCCAGGAUGGUAACAACCUCCAGACCAGGCCAAUUAUUGGCUAUUACAGCGGUCUUUUUGUGUUUCUAUGUAUCGUUAACAGCUGGUUUUAAUUUAGCGGUUAUUGCAAUAGACCUGGGAAGUGAAUAUACAAAGAUUGCUCUUGUCAAGCCUGGUGUUCCUAUGGAAAUUGUGCUGAAUGAUGAGUCAUCCAGAAAGACUGCAUCCAUUGUGGCAAUGAGAGAUGGUGAGAGACACUAUGGACAAGCUGCUGUCAAUACGGGGGUUCGCUUCCCUAAAAAAGCGUUCUGGUAUCUGAUGCACAUCGUAGGGCUGAAAUAUGAGGAUCCACAGGUGGCGUUGUACAAGAAACGGUUCCCAUACUACACCCUUAUCAAAGACCAGGACAGGGGCACAGUGUUGUUUCAACUGGAAGAUGAAUCUACCUACAGCCCAGAGGAACUUAUAGCUAUGCAGCUAGAGAAAGCAAAAUCUUACGCCGAGACAUUUGCAGAUCAGCCAAUCAAAGACUGUGUUAUAACUGUACCAGUGUUUUUUAGCCAAUCACAAAGAAAAGCUAUCAUCCAAGCUGCAGAAAUGGUGGAUCUAAACAUUUUACAGAUCCUCAGUGAGAACGCUGCAGUUGCCUUGAACUAUGGUGUGUUUAGAAGGAAGAAUUUCAACAGCACGAUGCAGUAUUACAUGUUUUAUGACAUGGGAGCAACUAGUACUACAGCCACAGUUGUUGGUUACCAGAUGGUGAAGACGAAGGAAGGUACUAGAGUAGAAACAAACCCACAGCUGGUCGUCAAGGGUGUAGGCUAUGACAGAAACCUUGGUGGACUAGAAGUUACGUUGAGGAUGCGAGAUCACUUAGCCAAGGCCUUUACCAAGACGAAGAAGACUAAGAAUGAUGUAUAUCAGAAUCCCCGUGCCAUGGGAAAACUCUUCAAGGAGGCAGAGCGAGUCAAGAAAGUUCUCAGUGCUAAUAAUGACCAUAUGGCACAGGUUGAGGGACUCCUGGAUAACGAAGAUUUCAGGGUCAAGGUUUCACGGGCUGAGCUUGAAGGCAUGACAACGGACCUGAUGGAGAGAGUCACCAAACCUAUUGAGGAGGCCUUGAAGACGUCGCAGGUGACACUACCAGAAAUCACAGAAAUCAUCUUGUUUGGAGGUGGGACCAGGACACCGAAAGUACAGACACUACUCAGCGAGUUCCUCGGACGACAGGAACUUGGUAAAAGUAUUAACAGUGAUGAGGCUUCUGCUCUGGGUGCUGUUUAUCAAGCUGCUCACCUUGGUAAAGGCUUCAAGGUCAAGAUGUUUGGGAUUAAGGAAGGCACAAUAUUCCCUAUAUCUGUGGAGUUUGCCAAGCAGUCAGUUGGACAAGACGACAGUGAGGUGAAGCCCAAGACCGUGAAGAGAACCUUAUUUGGGCGUAUGAAUCCAUUUCCUCAGAAAAAGGUCAUGACCUUCAACAAACACACCACAGAUUUCACAUUCAAUGUGACUUAUACAGAUCUGUCCUUCCUGUCAGAAGAGGAGGCCAAAUCCAUUGCUGGCCCUGUACUGACCACUUACACAGUGACCGGUGUGGACACAGCCUACAGUAAACACGCUCAGGAUGCCGAGAGUAAAGGGGUCAAGGCUCACUUCAGACUGGACGAGAGUGGCAUACUCCACAUGGACAAGGCUGAGGUUGUGUUUGAGAGACAGGGUCCUGCCGAGGAGGAAUCCACAUGGUCCAAGAUAGGCAGUACUCUGGGUGGAUUAUUUGGAUCAAGUGCUGACAAAGAGACCAAAGUUGAGGAUUCAGAUCCCAGUACGGAGGGAGAUAAAUCUGAAUCCACCAACUCAAACACGGAAAAGGAAACCACUAAGGCCGAUAAAUCGGACGAUGAGACGAGUAGUGACGAUAAAGAUGACAAAUCCAAGGAUGACAAGGUCCCUGCUGAAGAGGAGGAAGAGAGAAAGAAGGAGAACAGCGAAGAAAAGGAAGAGAAGAAAGGGGAAAACGAAAAUGAAAAAGAGGAAAAGAAAGAUGAAGAAGUUAAAGAAAAACCUAAAGAAAAAACAGAAGAGGAUAAAGAGGAAAAGAAAACUGCUGAGGAUGAGAAGACUGCAGAUAAAAAAUUAAACGAGACAGAAAAGGCGAACGCAACAAAGACAGAGGAUGAUAAAAAGGCUAACAAGACAACUGUUAUCAAAGUGGAUCUGACAUCGGAGUUCAGCUCGUACGAAAUCCCACAGCUUAGCACAGACAAACUAAAGGACAGCAAGAAAAAAUUGGCAGACCUAACGGCCAAAGAUAAGGAGAAGAAACUGUUGGAAAAAGCUAAGAAUGACCUGGAGGCAUUUAUCUUUGACAUGGGUGACCGUCUGUCUCAGCCCAUGUACGAGAAAUGUUCAACAGAGACAGAGAGAGAGGAGUACAGUAAAACGUUAUCAGAAUCAUCUGACUGGAUGUACGAGCAGGACGACGAUGCCAAGAAAGAGGUCUUCAAAGAAAAGUUAAGAGAACUCAAGAAGAUGACCAAAGAUCUGGAGAUGCGUGUCAGUGAGAUGAAGGAGAGACCUGAGGCCCUGAACGCCCUCGAGUCCAUGCUCAACCACUCUAUAUACUUCCUAAAGACGGUACAGAAUCUCUCACAGGUGGAGGAUCCGAUAUUUACCGAGGUGGAGGUCACCACCCUGGGACAACUCAUCAACGACACAAUUGAUUGGAAAAAUGAAACCGUGAAAGAGCAGAAGAAAAUGCUGAACACUGAAAAACCAAAAUUAUUGGUUCAAGACAUCGGAAUGAAAAUUCAAGCGUUGGAUAGGGAAGUGAAAUACUUGAUAAACAAGGCUAAGAACUUCCGACCCAAACCAAAGUCUAAAGCCAAGAAAAAUACCACCUCAACAUCUAACGAUACAGCUACCAAUGAAACCGUCUCAGAGGAUCCAACUGUUUCUGACCCACCGAGUGAUGCUGACAAAUCAGCUGACUCCGACCCAUCAACUGACGCGGAUGGUAAAGGGUCAGAGAGUACAGCCGAAGACACCACCACUCCCCCUGGUGAGGAGAGUGAACUGCCCCCGCCCCCAACAGACGGCGAGACCAAACAGACGGAGGAAGAGGAUAUUUUACAACUAGAUGGUGAUGAUACAGCAACAACGACAUCAACAACAGAAAAAACAACAGAAUCUACGACAGAAUCUACGACAGAAUCUACAACAAAAGAUAAUAAACACGACGGCAGUGAUUUAUAACGUCAGUGACAUUUAGAUCUAUUCAUUGUUAAACUUAUUUAUAUCAUUUAUAUCAUCCAAAGGAUACUUGGUAUUUGGUGCAAAUAAGAAGAAAAGGAUAAGGGUCAAAGGUCAAUAAGUUAUUUAGGGUCAAAGGUCAAUAAGUUAUUAUAUUUGUGUAAGACACAAACGCUGGUUGUUGUUAGUAACAGAAUGUCGGUUGAUAAUGUAUUGGGGAAGAUUUCUGGAAAUCUUAUCACAAAACAUGAAAGAAUAUGGUGGAGCUAUCUUUCUCUUGAAAUUUUAAUUUGGAUUCAUACAAAAGUUUGGUUUUCUUGUGGUGUAGAUUAAGGACAUAAUUACACUUUCUAUUUUAAUGUUUCUGUAUUUGAUAUUUAUAGUUGUUUCCAAAAAAAAAUGUUAUGGAUUUUUUUUGAGAAUUUCUGCAUUAUUGUCAUAAUGAAAAGUGUUGUCUUGAGUUAACAUAUAUUGUAAGAUGUAACACCCUGCUCCCCACUUAUCAUGUACUGGUACGACAAGUCAUUGGAUGGACAGUUAACUUUGUCUUCAAAUGAUUUCCCUUUUACUGGUGUUAAAAUUUCAAACUUUUGGGAUAAAAGAUCUAGAAAGGUCAUACUUACUGUAAAUAGAAUUUUCUUGUCCCAUUCUCGGUUAAUUCCAUCUACACAUUCACUAACACUGGCGGGCUGGAUUAUCUGUGUUUAAGCAUUGAAGAAGUCAGUAUUGUUCGAUACCUUGUUUCAAAUUUAUUCAAAGUUUUUUUCAUGUGAUUAUCACAUGAGUAUGACUUAAUAGUUAUUUUUGGUAAAACAUGGGUGCUUGUUGAAAAUGUAGUCUGAUUUGAAUGGAUUAUUAUAUAGAGCGUGGUUUCUAUAAUAUAUACCUUGUAUAUACUACGGGUAAGUGGUAAAAUUAGAACCAGGAUCAGGGACUCUUGAACAACACUGGUCUUUGUAAGUUAUUAUUAUCACUCCAUCAUUAUUUUGUGUCAGUUAAAUUUUGUUAUCAUGGAAGAUUAAAAACCAAAAUUGAGCUUAUCAUUAAGUCUCUUUCUCUUGAACGAUUAAGUAAAAAAGGAACAAAUAAUCAUAGAUUCAUUUCCUAUUGACCACUGUUUAUAUUUACUUAAUUUAUGAUACAAUAUGUUCUUACAUGUGAGAAAUUCCACGAUGUCAGGUGGGUGACCAUCAUACAUGUCUGAUCAUGUAAUUAAGCCCCCGUCAUCCUGGUGAAGUGUGUUUUAGACCGAUGACUAGGUAUUAUUUAUAUCACUUUCGUUCACCUACUUUAAUUAAUAAAUCAAUGUUUGAUAGAACAACAUCGUAAUAGUGUGAGAUUAUGUAUUAGAUGUAUGUUAGGUGUUUAAGUGUGGAGUCAAUCAAUAUUUUAUCUCGUAUGAAUUGUUGUGAGGACAACAAUAAAAAAAAUAUCAACAUUUUGAUUAUUUAAAACUGUGGAAGAAAAAUAAGAAGCAUACAGAUGAAUUCCAUAUUCUUUAACUACGGUAUGAAAAGAACUGCCUGUUCUUGAUUAUAGGUGGAGUUUGAAAUUAUUUUGAACAAAUUUUCUUUUUCACUUAAAAAAUUUCUUGAUUUUUGUUUCUGUUCAGUUUGAAUAUAAAAACUGAUUAGAAAACAUACUGUUGAUGUUUUAGAAAUCCUGAUCAUUAGCACCAUGUUUAUAUAUAAAUUGUCUUGGUAGUUAAUGACUUUGCUGUAAUAGUUAUUGUAGUGUAAACUCCAAAGUACUAAAAUUUAUAAUACCCCGGUAAGACAUAUUUUUAGAUUGAUUUUUUUUCUGUGGGAGCUGGAAAGGUAUUUUUUUUCGUCAAUUUUUUAUCGGAUUUGAAUGGUUUAUUAUGAUUAAUUUUAAUUAAUUUUUGAAUUCUGUCACCCUCAAAUUAAACAAAAGGAAUGUUGAUAACUUUAUUAGAUAAACAUAGUAAGUUGUUUCUGUUGUCCCCAAUAAACUUCUUAACUACCGUUUACAAUAAAAGGACAUCUUGUAAAACUUCUUAACUACCGUUUACAAUAAAAGGACAUCUUGUACUUUUAUCUCUCGCUGUGAAAGGUCACUUUUCCUCCGACGGUGUGAUUCAUAUUCUAAUACACUGACUGGUAUUGUCACUUUUUUUUUUGUCAUCUCCAGAUGUCCCAUUUUUGUAGUUGCUGUCAACAUUAUGUUGUAUUUUUCUCAGUCUUUGUGAUAUACUGGUGGUGAUAAUUUCUUAAUCAAAAACAGGAGAACAAAUCGGUAACAAUGAAAUGGAUUUCAUGAUGAUAAUUGAUUGAACUAAAGAACGGAAGUCAAUAUUCCCUCCAAACAUUCCUGUUGACCAGUGUCGGGCGACCAUGAUUAUGAAAAUGAGGCACUUUCCAGCUAAAUACCAAUGCUCGCUAAUGACAACCCAUCUUUUUAGUGAUUAAUACUAGACUUCAUGUUGUUUGAUAUUUUCUCUCUUUUUUUUUUCUUUUUUUUGUCAAUUUAUAUAAUUUCUUAUGAUAAAUACAGGUAUGAGUUCCAAAGUGAUUAUAAUCAUUACUUGAUAAUUUCCAAUUUCAUCGUUGGAAUGUUUGGGUGGAAGUUUAUAAGACGAUAGUGUAUGAGAUUAUGGUGUGAAGAAUGAUUGAGAUGUACGAUAGACGAGUUUAUGUGAGAGAGUUUGAAGUGGAUGGGUGUAUUGUAUAUUUGAACAAUCUCGAUAAAUCCUGUGAUGUUCGAUCAUUGUAAUAUUGUACUGUCGUCGUGAUUACCGAUGUCCGAUGCCAUGUUUUCUGAUUACUGAUGUGUUCACUAUCUAUAUCAGAAGUUGUCCAGGCUUGUUAAAGAAAUGUCAAACAUUUGGUUGGUGGCUUUAGUCCACGUGACCUAUUGUGGCUACUGACAUUGUUUGGUGGCUUUAGUCCACGUGACCUAUUGUGGCUACUGACAUUGUUUGGUGGCUUUUGUCCAGGUUUGACCUGUUGUGGCCACUUUUUACAUUUGAUUGGUGCAUUAAAAUUUCGGUCACUUCUCUGUGUGUACCAGAGAUUAUCACUCACUGCCCUGUAUUUAUUCCAUCUUGUAGUCCUUUAUAAUGUUAAAAAUUCACUGAAAAAUGUUUCUAAUUAAAAAAAUAAAUGGAUACAUUACACCUAAAUAGGAUGUAUAGUUUAUUAAAAGCACUCGUCUCCAGUGUGAGUGUUGUUCCUGAUGAGUAAAGUGUGUAUUGUACUUGUAUGAGAAUCGACUGAAAUGUGAAUGACAGCACGUUUGAAGACAUUUUGAAGAAUAAAAUGUCAAAUACUUGUAA